CCUCUCCUCUUCCCUCCUUGGUUUGGUUGAAUUUUUUUUUUUUCCCCCUUUAUUUUUUUUGUUCCAGUGAAUGUCUGGCACACAGCAAUCUUAAAACAUGUGGUUAUUUUCUUGUUGCAUUUGCAUAUUUGGUGUGCCUCUGGUGUUUGACCUUUGGAAGCAUUUGGCAAGUUUUGGCUAUAGCAAUAAGUCUUGCACCGACAAGAUGGACAGACACAAGGAUUGAUUCUCAUUUAAGAUUUUUUUUUUUUUUUUUUUUUUUUUGAGGGGAAAUACUGAAGCUCUGAAAGUUAAAUGCCAGUAAAGGCAACACCAGGGCUCCUUAGAUUUAGUAUUUGCUUUAUGUACUAGUUUAGAUGCUCUGCACUGCAUGAGAGAACUCAGCUGUGCGUUAUUGUAUGAUUUUACCCAAAUAAAAGUUUGAAAUGCAAAACCCGUACAAAUGGUUUGUAGUCUUUCCUGUGUUAACUGCAGAAAUGGCAGCAGCUGCGUCUAGUUGUGUCCUCAGGAAACUGAUGUAAAUGCCUCCUCUAUAAAAACCCUGUUAAAACAACUGAAAAGUUCAGGAUAUCCAUAGCUUUCUGGAACAUUUCUGUAACUCAUUAUAGACUCAGGAAUGAAAUUAAGAGCUGCUUAUGCCCUUUGUGGUGCUCUGUCCUACAGAGAAAGGGUGGUUUUAUCUGUGGGAACAUCCUGGCUGAAUUGGACUGACUUGAGGAACAGUCUGGAGCUCUAAGUGUCCCAAACAUCUGGGGACUUGAGGGUGAUGCCUGCAGUCUUAACUCCUCCUGGGGAUCCACAAGUGUUCCAGGCAAGACUUGAAUUAGUUCUCAGCAUGACCAGGGUCUUCCUGUGAAGCACUUCAGCUGGAUGCCCAAACCACACCAUAAAUGGGUUGUUCCUGACUUGGAGGGGCAGCGAUUCUACUCCAAAGGAUCACUGGGUUCCCUCUCCGGGGCAGCACGAGGGGCUCCACAAUUUGGGAGAGCUUCGGAGUAGAGCUGCUGCUCCUCCAGAUCGAGUAGUCAGGUAAGGCUCCUGUUUUAGCUGUAACUGGGCAGAUCCCAAGGGAAGGAAACCCUGGGACAGACCCAGGACACACUGGAGAGAUUAUAUCUGUCGAAUGGCUGAGGAUCGAUCUUCCAGGAAGGGCUGCACGCUGUUGCUGUAGGAAGGAAUGUUUGAGGCUCCCUGCUCUGCCACCAAGUCUCACUUGGAGAUGAGCAGAAGGAUCUGACUGUCAUCAUCAACCCAAACUUGCUCUAGCUUCAGCCAGAAGAAACAAACCAGACCAUCUGGUGUCGUCAGUGCACGGCUUUCAUUCAUUCAUGUUGGUGUUUGAUUUGGUUGUAAGUUAUACCGACCAGGGAUGCUUGUCAAAAUCAUACGUCUGAUCGAUUCUAAAUGUGUUGUGGAUCUUUCACUGCAACUCCACAUCAUUGCUGCAGCAAUGGGCAAUACUUUCUCCAGGGCGUGAGUAGGUGUGCUGGUGGAUGGAAGGCCGAACAUCACGCUUCGGAGUAAGGAGAUUAGCCCCUGACAGUCUGAGCCCCACAGGCAGCCUUCUCUUGGGCGAAUGUCGCUGGCUUUGAUCUGGGAGUGCUGCUUUUACUCCUCUCUAAUCCCACCACUGAUCUGGAUGAUUUUUUUCAGCCAUUAAGUGAUGGAUUUCUAGGGGAGGUGGGGGGAGGGUGAAUUAUAUAUACGCACACGUAACAGCCUGUGCAGGAGAUGGGAAGUCUAAUGCAUUCGAACGAACCCUUUGGAGCAAGCAAUGUGCAUCUCCUGCGAGGACAGACCCCAUAGGUUCUACACACAUUCCGUCCUGACAUGUCAAGGGUGAACAAGACCUGAUGUUUUUCAGCGUUCUGCAAACGUCUUUCCUUCUGCUGUCCCCUGUCCUGGCCCUGUGGGGUUGCACCCGGUCCUGCCCAGCCAGCUGCACCUGCACCCCGGAGGGCGGCUGCACCGUGCUGUGUGACCGUGCCGGUUUGCCCGAGCUGCCGAAGGAGUUCCCCUGCGAGGCCACCUCCAUCAACCUGGACAAGAACAGCCUCAAAUUCCUUUCGGAAAGGGCUUUUGGAACUCUGCCCUCGCUGCGCUACCUAUCGCUUGACCACAACAACAUCUCCUUCAUCACACCUGGGGCCUUCAAGGGGCUUCCUAACCUGCUGGAGCUCAAGCUGGCGCACAACGAGUUUAUACGCUACCUGCACACCCGCACGUUCACGGCGCUUAAGAAGCUAAUACGCCUCGAUCUGGCCGACUGCAACCUCUUCAGCAUGCCUGACCGCAUCUUCCUGGAGCAGACGGCCCUGCAGGAGCUGCUCUGCUACCAGAACAACUUCCGACGCGUCCCUGGGGCGAUCAGGGGCAUGGAGAACCUCACCCACAUCUACCUGGAGCGCAACAAGAUCGAGGCCGUGGCCUACAACUCCCUACUGGGCCUGAGCAAACUCAGAUACCUGAAUUUACAGGACAACCGCAUCAGUGUCAUCCAUGACCAAGCCUUCCAGGACCUCCAGAACCUGGAGAACUUCUAUCUCAACGACAAUCUGUUAGCUGAUCUUCCCCAGCACAUUUUCAAGGGGCUCUAUCGCCUGAAGAUGCUCAACUUGGGUAGCAACAUGCUCACCAACAUCUCCAAGACCUGGUUCAGCGACCUCGUCGAACUGGAGGUGCUCUACCUGGACCGCAAUCGUCUUUGCGUCAUUGAAGAGGGAGCCUUCGAAAACCUCACGAGCCUCAUUUCCCUCCACCUCAACAGCAACAACCUAACCAGCCUGCCCCUCUCCGUGUUCCAGCCGGUCUAUUUCCUGGGUCACCUCUACGUGUUCCGGAACCCCUGGGAGUGUGACUGUGGCCUGGAGUGGCUCAAGGAGUGGAUGGAGAGCUACAAGCUAGUGAGAGACAUCCCCUGUUCCUCCCCAUCGUCAGUAUCCGGUUUGGAUCUCAGCGAGGUGGUCUUUCACAGACUGGAUGGUGCCUGCGUGGACCCAGCAGAGCUGAACCUGACGACUUCCCCCCCGACACCAACCAAGCUGUGGCACUCCACCACAGAGAACAGGUUCAACAGUCUCAUUUCCAAGCUGCUGCAGCAAGAGCUGCGGGAGGAGGUGGUCAAUACGACUGAGAGCUUCCGGAACGGCAGCUUGCUGGACCAAGUGGACAGCCAGGUGUCCGCAGGAACCUGUUUCCAUGACAACCAGCUUGCACUGCUGCUGUUCCUCUGCGCCGCUAUGAGCGUCGUGGUGACAGGAUCUACACCCGAGGAGAGCAGCAUUUCCUGAAAGGAAGCUGGAUUUCCGUGCGAAUUGGUAACGAAGGAGAACACAGCUGGAUCGCUGGCGUAGAGCUCACAGGCAUAAUCCACGCGCGUUCCUGGAAGCCUGAUUAGAAAGUGUUUUCUCUGAACCGAUUCCAGCUGUUUCCUACCAGUAUGUUUUGGGGGAAGGGGGCGUUUCGCUGACAGCUCACCCUCUUCUCACACAGCAGUCCAUGUCGGAAAACAUGCAGCGUAAACAUGGACCCCGAGGACAGAACGUGGACUUUGUUUAUAGAAGUGAUUCUUGUGAGUUUCUCACCCAACGUGUGGUGCUUAUGCAUCUUGAGCUCUCCGUCACCCAACUUUGGAUUUCCUACCGCGGUCGUGCGCGUCACUUGCUAGCCGCUCCUGUUUUCGUGUCUCAAAUGCUGCAGUGACACAGAGGUUGUGCAGGAGAAACGUGUUUGUAACGGGUGAUGAAAGAAAGCAGCAGCUUUCAUCCUUCAUGGCCACAACCUCUGGAAGGAGUAAGAGAAAAAGGGCCUGGAAUGGGGGGGUGGGGUGGGUGAGUGAAGAGGACUAAGGAAUGAUCUCCAGAAACAAUGUUUGCUUUUUUCAUUUUCUUUUUUUUUUUUUCCUCUCCUCUGAUAAUUUUGAAAUGUCAGAAAAGCAUUUCAAAAGUUGAAGGUUCCAGGGCUGUGAUGAUCAUCAUGUUAUGGGUAGAGCUACACAUUAAUUGGAGUCGCUGUAUUGAUUAAAUCAAUGCAGCCCUGUCUGGAAUAGGCCGCAAUAAUGGGGGGAGGGACUCUUUCCAGUACCGAACUUUAGCCAUCUGUCUGUCGAUUCACAACUGAUCCAAGUCUUUGAAAGAAUUUCCAUGAGACUCUCGAACCCUGUGCAGUGAAGCUGAUGUAGUAAAAGUAGUGACAGCAGUACCUUUAGCGCAAAAUACAGGGAAAAGGAAGCAUCGCUAUUGAAAUGCUGGAAUACACGCAUCCCUUUGUUUGCGGAGGCCGAGACGAACGCGCUUUAGGAGCCGGGUUUCGGUCUCCUGCUGGUCCUCUUGGUGAAAGCGGGGGUGUAAAGUGCACCGUGUGGGGCUGGACUCCUGCUCGGCGCCAUGCGUCAAACAGCCUCGGGUGUGAAGGAUGACCUGCCGCGCUCUACCUGUCCACGUUUAUGGAGGAAAAAUUAUGAACUGCACUUGGAAAAUGUAAUCUUUUCAGCGUUGCAGUUUGAUGCAUCUCAGCGACGCCUGGAUCGUAUUUCACACGCAUGGUUUAGAGACUUGAUACUUUUAAGAUUUGUUGAGCAUGUGACCACCUUGGGUUUUGGGUCAUGUUGUCAUUAUUAUUGCAGUUGAUAGAAUUUAUUUAUUUAUUUAUUUAUUUUUUAAAUUCAACUGCUGUGAUGCUGACAGUGAGAAAGUCACACGGCAUAAUACAAAUGUGUUUAGACUUCUGUAUAACUUUUUUGUGGGAAAAACAUAUUACAAGCUGUCAAAUCCAGUCCUCCUUGAACAGAUGGACCCGCACACUGGCUUUUCUUUUAUUCAUUCAACUCAGUAAAUUUAGAUUUGCAAGCUUUUAAUAAAUGCAUUAAGCUCCUUAAAACAUAAGGCUUAUCUGUCCUCUUUAAGCGCUUGCCUAAGUUAAGCAAAUGGAAUAUGCUUAUCGCUGCGUUUUUCCGCCAUACAAACAUCUACAUGGACAGAGCUCGGCUGGAACACCAUACGAAAUGGCGCUCUCCCUAAUCCCACCUCUUACACAAUUGCAACGGGCCCCUUCGGCACGUAAUUAACUCCGCUUUUGUGUGUGUUUUUCCCCUCAACUCUGUAUAUCCUUCAUACCGCAGAAUCAGUAUGCAGUUUCAGUGCGUUAUAGUCCUUUCUUCUGACGAGGGAAACGUCGCCUCCUGCAUCACUCAUCUUCUCAUCCGUGGCGUGCAAAGACCUCCCUGAAACG